ACCGCGUCGUCGUUACAUGACUGACAGUCGUAAUGUUUACACUCGAGCUUUCGAGGGCGCCGAACUUGAUUGCAAACAAACACGGUCGUCUCUAUCUACAGUUAUUACAGGUAGCCCGAGCUAUAAAGUCGCGAAUAUAUAUCGUUAAAGGUAUACAAUGUACAUCUCUCGCGUUCAGUAACUAUCUGAAAUCCCGACCGAAUACGAGUCCGCUAAGUUGAAGCCGACAAAAUAUACGUUUCGCAUGACGGAAUCUCUUUUGGCGAAUAAUAGCAAUUUGAUUUCAUCGACCGGGUUAUUCAUAGCCGCCCUUGUUUGUGAGAGACUUUUCCGAGAGACUGGAAUCCGCAUUAAUUGGAUCAUCGAUGAUUGGAUUAUAAACGACAGCGAUUUUCGAUACCUUUCUGACUAAAAUGUAUAUAAGGAGGAACUUUCAUCAUCGAUAAGUCGAGAAUAUCCUAUUAUAUCCAGGUCUAGAAACUUGAACAAUUUUGUAAUCGCCUUAACAUGGCGGCAUUCAACGGAAUUCGCGUGCUGCCAGAUAUACCGAAGGACAUACCGAGCAUGGAGACCUUAAUUCAGGAGUUCGAGACGGGUUUCAGAUCAUCCAGCCGCCAGGACACAGUUUCGGAGUUAUCGAGCUCAAGCGGCGGCAGCUUUGUGAAGAAGAUCGUCGAAGCUUACGAGUCGAGCUUUCGAGCAUCCAUUGAAAAUGCCGAGCGGGAACACGUUAGGAAGAGAUCCGGUCUUUUCAACACCAUUCGAAAGCAAAAGAACGUAGAAAAGAGUGAUUCAAGUCCCUCGAUGUACGACGAGCUCGGCGGCGACUUGCGACGUUGGGCUAGUCUUAAAAAUACAUCCGAGAAACCUUCCGCUUUUCCGGUCAUCGAUAAGCACGAUCUCAAGGACGAUUUCGUAACGCCUAAUCGAUAUAGUGCGAAGAGCGACAAGAAGACCGAUAUUUCGAAGACGUGGUCAGGAAUCUCCUCCAAGAUAAACAAGUACGGUUUUAUGAGAGAGCUGACGAAUAUUCGGCUGAAUUCUUCCUCGUCGAAAAGAGACGAGAUGGAAAAGCUGAAGAUACGCGAUCAAAUGUACUACGAUUCCCCGGGGAGCGACGAGGAAUAUAAAUUGACGAAUAACAUGCCGUUGAUCUGCUCGAGUCCUUUGGAGGACGAUCGCGAGGAGAAUCCUCUCGACGACAUCUUGACGAAUUCUCGCGACUCGAGCAGUCCUAGCAAUAAUAGUUACAAAAACUUACAGGGCGACUUGUACAAUUUCGAGAACGAAGGCUGGCAGUUCGAAUUAUCCACUUCGUCGCCAUCGUUGAACUCCUCGAGAUCAUUAUACGGGGACACAUCGAGCACAGAGAAGAAUCGCGUCAACGACAGUUUGUUGUUAGACUCGUCCGUCCAAGACGUCACCGUCAUACCGUCCAAAGACGAUUUAAACGAUCGCGAGACUCCUCAGGCCACGGAACACAUGUCAAAAUCUCCCGACUUGAAUCGGGAUUCACCACGAGUGAUCGGCAUUUCGCUGAAACAACCGAUCCGGAUCGGCGACGAUACGUCCGUGACGUGGAUACCGGUGCUAAACGAGAAGUCGUCGCGGAUAAAAUCGCUGAAGAAGCUGCUGUCGGUGUUCAGUCGAGCUAAACUGUCGUUCGGUUACAAGAAAAUCGGGAGGAGGUUGAAGAGGAAGCAGCCGAAGCGGGAACACAUUUUCGACUCGGGAUUUAUCGAACGGUGCCCGUCAACUCUGUCCUCCUUCUCGCAGAGAUCCUGGCACUCCGACGUCGGCCACGUCGACGACGAGCCAUCGACGCCGCCGACCUUCGGCACGUUCGGCCGCCCGAAGUGUGUCAGCGAGCGUUGCGGGAGAACUGUCAGGCAUCGCCGUCGCAUCAUGUUGACCGAGGCGGCUCCGAAACUCGUGAACGAUCUCGAGCCGAAAGGGGCCCAUCGGUACGUCGAAUUCUCGUCGAGCGUCGCGGGUUUUACCAAAUCGAGGGUUUUCUGCAGAUACCCGUCGCUUCCUAAGCACCCCCAUUUGAUCCGCAGCAGUGUUCCGAAGCAUCCCUUCGUCGCGAAAACGAAGAUGGAUCAGAUAGAGGAGGAGGAAGCGACGGCGGAGAGAAAGAUCGAACCUGAUGCGCUUAAACUGACAAUGAGAUGUCCGAGUACGCCUAUAUCUGUGCCGCGAUCUGCAUUAAACAUCUCACCUCCUAAAACGUCCGAUUUGUCUGCGAUCAAUAAUUAUGAUCUGCCAAAAUCGCACAAGUCAACGUCGGCGCUCGACGAGGUCGUUUUUCGGCGACAGGCACCCAUCUACGAUGUUCCUAGACGUUCCUGGUUGUCUAGCUUUACGACGGAUCCCUUGUUCGUUUAUGGCGCUAACCGAUAUGCGCAGAACACACCUUGCGUGUCCCGUUUUGCCACCGUGAGCCCGAAGAACUUCAGAUUUUCUUUAUCUCACGAAAAAUCACGAGCGAUUGAAAAGAGCUUCGACAAUUAAUAAAGUACCGAAAGCACAACUUCUCUCUCGAAAAAUUCUCUGCCCGGUAAAUUUUGCGGAGUUUAAAGUCACAUUAAUCGAUUAAUCUUUGUUGCAGGACAUCACGCUGGAUAAUAAUCCAUCUAUGAAAUCUACGAAGUCAGCAUGAUUAAUUACUUCGUCCUUAAUUUAUAGAUAUUCCUAUAUAAUAUAUAAAUUUUUCCUCAUUUUCCUUGAAAGAGCGCUUUAAUUGAUAAAUGUAUUUAAAUUAUAGAGGAAAAAAAAGGACAUCUCUGUCGUUAAUAAUAUUCGUCAAAUUGUGAUCAAAUUUUUCGUAAUUGAAUGUUGUAUAUUAAAAAUUAAUUAAAGAUUGAAAUCAUUUCUGUAUUUAUAGAAGAUCGAUUUCACGAUAAUAUCAGAUUGACGAGAAUGAUUUCGAUUUGUGCAUGAUUUACAGUAUUUACAUUGUUUACAUUGUUUACAUUGUGUGAAGUAUAAUCAAAAGAUUAUUAAUACACGGAUUUGUCGCGUAAAUUUACGGACAUGUUAAUAUUAACUGAUAUCGCAAAUUCCAGAGCACUGUUGUAUAAUUGCUCUUGUCGUAGUAGAAUUCUACUUCAAUAAUUUGAUUAAUGAUUAAACUUGCUUAAUGAUCCAUCUUCUACGAUGAUACUCAGUGAAGUUGAAUCGUGAAUUUUCAGGAAACUUGUGUUUCCAUAAAUCAUUGUAUUUUACAGCUUUGAUUUCAAUGACUAGACCAUUCUUGCGUGACUAAAUUAACGCAAUUAAGAGAAUAUAUCAAUUAUAAAAAUAGGUUUUGGAAAAUUAAAAUUUUUAUUCGCAUGCGUCGCGUCAUUUCUUUCAAAAACGUCACGCAAACUCAGAGAGAAAGAAAUUUUCAUCAAAUGCGAGAUAAUGCCAUUUGCAAUUUUAUUUCUGUAAAUUUUCUACCGGAAGGAAUAUAAUGACGCUUUGCUCGUUCAUUGUAAAUAUACCGCGCGACGAUUUUUCACGCAAAAUUGCAAUUUUAAUUUUCUUUUAACCCGUUUUGUCUUUUUAUCAAAUUUUAUUCGACAUGAUCCUUUCAUCUUUUGUGCGCAAAAAAAGAAGAACUUUGACAUUUACAAACAAGAUUUCUGUUUUACUUGUUUGUCUUUGUCUAUGAAAUUCGUAGCUUCCAAUGCGACAGGUUUAUGAUAUCGCAAAAAAUCUUGAUCAUUUCUCGCGAAAUGAUAAAGAUUCGUCCAACAGGCUUGAUAACAUUGUGCAAAGGUAGGGCGAUGUCAUGUAACGCCACUGAUAUGGACGAAAAUGCGCUUGUCGAGUCUCUCGUAUUUUCUCGCGAAAAUAUCGAGAUCGAUCUCGAAUAGCAUCGAACAGACUGUCAUUUGUACAAUAGCGAUUUGGCAGUUCUUGACGUAGGAACCUGUCGAUAUGUUGCGAUUUUCUAACAUUUUCAUGUGAUUAUACGCGCAAUUGAUUGCACAUAUUGAUAUGCGUUCAAGAAAUUAAUAUUAUUUUUUUAUAUUUUUUCUGUAUUUUUUUAAUAUUUUUUUAUAUUUGUACUUGUGUACGGUAUAUUCUCUUUAUUUGUACAACGUCUGGGUUGCCUUUUGUGUGUUUCAUAAUAAACAAUAAAUACAAUGUUAUAUUCUAAA